UCGAGUCGAGUCGGGGUCAGUCUGAAAAGUUUAUCAAGAUGGCGAGCGGUCUCUUCGGCCAUGUGGGCCGAUCUUCGUCCAAAAAUCUUGUCGAAUUUCGCGCUGGAAAAAUGACUAUGAAAGGCACCACUGUCACGCCGGAUAAAAGAAAGGGAUUGGUAUACAUUUACCACAGUGAUGACUCGCUCAUGCACUUCUGUUGGAAGGAUCGGGGCACGGGAAAUGUUGAAGACGAUCUCAUCAUCUUCCCUGAUGACAUUGAGUACAAGCGUGUCAAACAGUGCACAACAGGAAGGGUCUUUAUCCUAAAAUUCAAGUCAUCCACACGCAAGUUUUUUUUCUGGAUGCAAGAACCCAAGACAGACAAAGACGAGGAGUACAGCACAAAAGUGAACAACUUGCUCAAUAACCCCCCCACCCCAGGGUCGGGUGGCAGUGGCAGUGGCCUCCCCCCUGCUUUGGCUGGAUUAAGUGAGCAGUUGGGUGAUGGCCAGCUACAAGGCCUGCUGGGAAAUCUGGACCAGCAGCAAUUGCUUCAGUUACUGAGUGGUUAUGGAGGACUGGGUGGUCAUGGUGGAUUGUCCAGUGCUGGCAGCUCAGUGACUGCACCCACUGCUGCUUCUCCUACGCCCACAAGGGUUCAGUCGUCACCAGGGCCCAGGAGGACUUCCUCAGCUUCAUCAUCAGGGACCACCACACCGCGCCCUGCAACAGCUACACCUUCAGUGCCUCCAGCUGCUCCAUCCCGUCCAACCCAGCCUCCUGCUCGGAAUGCUGUGCAGCUGACUGACUUGCAGAAUAUUUUGUCCAAUAUUCAAGUGCCUGCAGAAAGUGCAGAGCAAGCAAGCAGAGAGAAUGUGGAUCUGUCCAGGGUUUUCACACCUGAUUCAAUCAUGCCGCUGUUGUCGGACCCAGAGUUCCGUCAACAGCUUGCCCCUUUCCUUCCUGCUGGUGAGGAACUGCCUCAGAGUCCAACUGAAUUGUCAAGCACUUUGCGUUCCCCUCAGUUUCAGCAGGCCUUGGGAUUGUUCAGUUCUGCUCUGCAGUCAGGUCAGCUUGGUCCUCUGAUGGGUCAGUUUGGGUUUAAUGAGGAAGUCAUGGGAGCUGCAAGGAGAGGAGACAUGGUUGAAUUUGUGCGUGCAGUUCAGGAGUCAUCUCGCCCCAGUACUACUGAUAGUACCAGUACCUCUGAUGCAACUUCACGGACAACUACAGCCAAUGAUGGUGACCAGGAGGCCGAAGAAAAAGAUAAGGACGAGGACGAGGCCAUGAGUCUGGACUGAGGUCAUUUAGUGACGGAUUGUGUUGAGUGUCCCACAAACUUCCAUGUGGAAUUGUUAGAAAUAAACUGUCAACCCUGUAAUGAGGUUUUUUUUUUUUCCUUAAUAUUUUUGGUUGUUUGGUUUAGAAAGGAAUGUAAGCGUGAUGGUUUUGUUGUCAUUAAAUUUACUCUACAUAUGCAAAA